AUGGCCACCAAGAAGUCAGCCCCGACCGACGACGAGCUGCUGGCUCAGCUCGACGACCUCAGCACCCAGGCGUCGGCGUCGGUGUCGGCGUCGACACGUCCAUCGAAACCCUCUGUCCGAACUCCCCGACAAGGACAGGGGGCACCGCCUCCUGCGGCGGCCGCCCAGACAUCUCAGAACGAACAGGAUCUCCUUGCCGAGCUGGGAAACCUCGCCCACCGACCGGCGAGUCGACCCGCCACGCCGUCGCUCCGACCAAACGCUCCGUCGACCGCGGGGAGUCGAUCGCCCGGCCGCACCUCGACCGCGACGCCACCGCCGGGCCGGACGAGCGAGGAGAAAUCAUGCACCGGCGGCGGCCAGCGCAAGUCGGGGGAUAGUACGCGUUCGUUCCACCAGGCUUUCACGCCCGCGACGUCGUCGACGACUGAAGAAGGGUCCGCGGACCAUGAGUCGCAGCCAGAACCUGGCCCUGUCCCCGUUCCUGUUCCUGCCCCUGCCCCUGCGGCUGCUAAGAGUAGUGGAGGUGGAUGGUGGGGAGGUUUGCUAUCGACUGCGACUGCUGCGGUGAGCCAGGCGCAGGCGGCGGUGAAGGAGAUACAGAAGAACGAAGAGGCACAGAAGUGGGCCGAGCAGCUGAAAGGCAAUGUCGGUGUGUUACGGGGCUUUGGCGGCGAGAUCAAGAACAUGGCCAUCCCGACGUUCCAGAACAUCUUACAGACGAUCGCCCCUCCUAUAUCCUCCCAUGAACGACUCCAGAUCCACAUCACCCACGACCUGUCGAAUUACCCGACCUUGGAUCCCUUAAUCUACCAAGUCUUCAGCCGAGUCAUGGCGCAGGUCGAAGGCGGCGACUUGAUGGUCGUCCAAAGAGGACACGAAGCCGGGCCGAAACGAGGUUCAUCGGAGACCUCACGGCCUCUUGGAUCAUGGCAUGAUGGCCCAUGGUGGAGGAGCGGCGAGCGCAGAAGUAUCAAUGCCGUCCGAGGCGUCGUUGAGGGCAGUAAACUCGCGAGGGCAGCCGCCGAAGGGUAUGCCGAAGAAUACUUCUCCGGCAAAGGUGGAGUCGAAGAGGCUGCCAAGCGGGCCACAGAAACACUUUCCGCCUCGAACCCUACCAGAGACAGCGAGAUAUUCCUGGCCAUCCAAGCCAUCUCACAAUCAGUGCCGAAGGACAUGUUUGCGGCAGCACCGACGUCGGAGACGGAGGGACAGGUGAAGGAGGCGCAAGAUGACAAGGACAAUGAAGAGGUUGUUUUUGCAGUCUUCUUGCAUGACCCCAUCCACGGGAUUGCGUUCCAGGCAAUCUCUCAAGCCAUCCCUGGCCAGUGGAUCGAGUGGCUUGAUGCCCCGAGCGGUGGAGAGGGCACUUUGCCGGAGAGCAUCGAAGAGAUCAUCUCAAGUGGUGGGAUUGAUCCCAGAGAGUGGGUGAGCGAAUGGGUUGAGGAGACGCUUAGUCUGGUGAUUGGCAUCGUGUCGCAACGAUAUGUUGCUCGGAGAAUGGGUGUUGGCGAAGGUGGAGCUGCUAAGGGCAAGCUCCGAGCCGACCUUGGGCAGCAGGCGAUGGUGCAGAGCGGCGGUGGUGAGGCUGCUCGGGCGUUGGGAGGAAUGUGA